AUGACAGACGUCGAAAACGCCCUCCCCGUAGCCUCCCGAGCAGACCUACGCCGCUCCAUCGCAUCCACAAAAGACGCCUACAUCGCCUCCAUCCCCAAAGUCGAACUCCACAUCCACAUCGAAGGAAUCAUAAGCGCCGACCUCAAAUGGAAAUUCUCACAACGAAACAACCAACCCAUCCUCAACCCACGAACGCGUCUACCAUUCUCUUCACUCGCCGAACUGCGAGAUUCCCACGACACCUUGAAACCACGUAAAGGAAACCGCAUGGAUAACACAGAAGAGACGCUCUCGUUCUUCGAGGCGUAUUACGGUGGUUUUGAAGUGUUGAAGACGAAGGAGGAUUAUUAUGAGCUUGCGAUGGAGUACUAUGAGCGUGCUGAUGAGAUGAACGUGCGGUAUGCGGAGAUCUUCUUUGAUCCGCAGGGACAUACGCGUGUAGGCACGAGUUGGGAGACGAUGAUGCAAGGGUUUCGGGAGGCGACGUGGGAUGCGGAGCAGAUUCUCAAUGUCAAGUCCAAAUGGAUAAUGUGUUUCCUGCGCGACGAAUCACUAGAGUCCGCGAUGCGGCAUUACGAGGCGGCGCUUCCGUACCGCGAUGUAAUCGUUGGUAUUGGUCUAGAUUCAAAUGAGGUCAACAGGCCACCAUCGCUGUUUGAUGAGAUCUUCGUCAGAGCGCGGAAGGAUGGCUUUCGUCUUACAGCGCAUUGUGACGUUGGCAAGCCGUAUCCUCUCGAACAUGUCCGCCAGGUGGCAUGCAGUAUCGCGGGUACAGGCGCGGAUCGAAUCGACCAUGGGCUGAAUGCUGCUGGUGAUGCGGAGCUUAUGGCGUUGAUCAAAGAGAAGGGGCUUGGUAUGACGAUCUGUCCUUGGAGUUAUAUUCGGCAUCAACCGAUGGACGAGGUGUUUGACCGUAUUCGCGCUCUCUUCGACGCCGGUAUCGUGAUGAGUAUUGCGAGCGACGAUCCAGCGUUUAUGGAGGAUACGUGGGUGUGGGAGAAUUUGCUGGUGGUGAAGAAGUAUUGCAACUUCACCAAUUUGGAGAUUCAGAAGUUGGCGGAGAACGCUAUUAAGAUGAGCUGGGCGAAGGAAGAAGUGAAGAGUUAUUUAUUGGAGUUGUUGUACGGUAUCGAUCCAGGUACAUAG